AGGACUUUUUUUCUUUUGUGAUUGACUUGGUCGAGGUUAUUCACCUUAAGAAAUGUAUUUAAUGCUAUAAUGUUUAAACUUCUCAUAACGUAACCAAUCAUUUAAACUUAUGAUAUGUGUGAGCAACGGAGCGAAAUCGAAAGUGAAAGUUGGAAUACAUGCAAAAUCAAUAUUUGCAGAAAAUUUCCAGUGACGUAGGCAUCGUUGUCGCCACUAAAUAGGCCCAACACCGAUUUGAGUUUUACCUAAAUUUAAAAAGAUAAUGGCUCAAAAAACUUUGCCAAAUCCAAUCAAAACUUUGGUGGAAGAGGGAGAUUUGUUAGAAAUUGAUCGCGGAGCAUACUGUCAUUGGGCAGUUUACAUUGGGAAUAAUGAAGUAGUUCAUGUUGCUGGGAUUGAUGGACCAAUUGCGUCUGAUCUAAGUCAUUCAUUUUCUGUAAGUGGUGUUCUCUUCAACAAAGCAGAGGUGAAGAGAGAAAACGUAUUUGAUGUUUUUGGCAACAGUAAAUGUACUAUCAAUAACAGUAAAGACGGCGGGAAUCAAUUUGUUUGCAAACUACGCAACCAAGUGAAAGAAGUUGUAAAAAGAGCACUCGGUAUGAUAGGUCCUUUGAAAUACAAUGUACUGUGGAGUAAUUGUGAACAUUUUGCAUCUUGGUGUCGAAAUGGAGAAGCAAUAUCAAAACAGGCUGACAAUGUUUUAACUGUUGGUAUGGUAAUUGGCGGACUGUUAAACAAUGUAAUUGGAUCUGACAAAUCUAGCAAGCGAUAGAAGUAUUCCAUGAUUGUUCAUCCCAUAUUAGAACAAGUUCUAGAGAUUACUGUACUUUAAAUGAACACGAGUGGAAUAACAAUUGUUAUUGAUAUUAAUUAUGAGAUUGUCUCUCAUUUAAUAAUUCACGUUUAUUAAUAAGCUAGACAAAGAUCUUUACAAUCCGAAUAGUAUCGAUAUCAUACUCAGUCUGGUAUACUGUUUCAAUCCAAGUUAAAUUCACAUUUUUUACGGCAAUUGCAAAUUUGAUAUUUAAUAUACUAGUAGACAGGUUUUAUUACUCAUUAUCAUUUUUUUUCUACACGUCUAUUAAAACAAAGAGCCCUUUAUCUAUCUAUCGUACCGAGGCUUUCCUUAAAAUCAUGUUUGGACUUCAAGAGGGAGACUUUCUUAUCCAAACUCUGCAUUUACUUAUGAAAUACAUGAACUUUAGAUAAAUGUUUUUACACAUCC